UAUACUUGAAUGUUUUCUGAUAGGGAUCAAAAGAGAAGUUGUCCAAGUUGAAUGCUACUCCAAAAGUUGAUUGUUUUUGUCGGUUACUGUCACAACAAAGGCGUUCUCCAUUGUGGCGGUGUGAAAUAAUGAGUUAUACCACUCUUGGGCUUCCCUUGGCUGCUGCUCGUAUUAACUAUCCAUAUAGUCAACAAGAACAGCCACCACAAAAUGCUUGUGCGUACAAAUGGCGCUUGGUAUUAUCUUACGAUGGCACUCGAUUUGCAGGUUGGCAGUAUCAACCGGCACCCCCAACCUUACAGUGCAUCUUGGAACAAGCAUUAACUCGAGUAACCAAAGUUGAACGUGAGGAGCUCUGUUUAGUUGGUGCAAGUAGGACCGACAAAGGAGUUCAUGCGCUGGGUCAGGUGGCACACUUCUUUACACCUUUUAAUUAUGACGGAUUGCAUGAUAUGCACGCAGCACUCAAUGGUAUUCUUCCUCCUGAUGUUCGGGUUAGAGAAAUCAGCUCCGCAGUUCCUGAAUUUCAUGCUCGUUUCUCAGUCACUGGAAAGAUUUAUCGCUAUAAUAUCUAUAAUGAUACUGUCUUGGACCCAUUCCAUCGUCUAUAUGCUUUUCAUAAUCUUUCCAAGCUCAAUACUUGUGUCAUGAAGGAAGCAGCCAAGUAUUUUGUAGGGAAACAUGAUUUUUCAUCUUUCGCCAACACACAACGCAAUGAUCGUCAAAUCAGCCCCGUGAAGAAUAUAUCCCGGGUGGAUAUAAUUGAAAAGGGAUCUCUUUUACAUAUCGAAGUUGAAGGUUCUGGGUUUUUGUAUAGGCAAGUAAGGAACAUGGUUGCUUUAUUGCUACAAAUUGGGAGGGAGGCACUCCCACCAGACAUUGUUCCAAAGAUUUUGGCAACACGUGAUCGCAAGGAACUUGCAAAGGUCGCUCUUGUGGCUCCACCUCAUGGGCUUUUUCUUGUGCAAGUCAACUAUAAUGAGGAUCAUCUCCGACCUCUUGAGGAUGGGCCGGCGACUAGUUUCGGUAGGCAUCAUAGCAUAAGCAAAUGUAAGCUGCAAUAUUACUAAAGUCAUCAUUUUAAGCACUAAUGGGUACCUGAAACUUCAAGUACAACUGUGAGAACUGAGAAAGGAAAAAUUGUAUCAUAUAGCAAAGAGACCUGAAAACAAUCUGUCUGUAAGAUUGACACUUCAUUUUUGACUAAUUUUCAGUUUGUAAAAUUCAGUUAAA